GUGUGAGGAGCUCUACGAGGUUCCCGGCGGUGACCAGGUUGAGGCGCCCUCGAGUGCGGAGUCUUCUCCGAACGUGCAGUCUGAUUCUGAUAGCCGCGCCUUGUCAGGAGCGUCCCAGGGGUGUCUGAAUCGCCCCGUCGCGCUCAAUGAGGUAUCGAAGGAGUCGCGCCAGAGGACUCGAGGGAGAGAUCGUGACAAGGUCAAGGGGACAUCGACGUGCUCUCAGGCCACCAUUGCCGAUGUCAAAGCGUGGAUUGACGCUGUUGCCAGCAUCAACGAGUUGAAUGCGAUCCAGUAUUUAAAGAACGGAAUGGAUUUGUUUGAUAAGCUGGUGACAGAACGUGGGUUCCCUACAAAGAAGGCCCAAAAAGAUUAUGCUCGGAAACUGUAUGAGAUGCUCCAGAAUGUGCAAGCGACGCUGGAGGAUCUCCUAGGAUUCUUCGAGGUGCACAGGUUCUUGACAGGACACAUGAACCGCGCCGAGAUGGCCAAGUUUCUUGAGGUUUCCAAGUGCAGCGAUUACCGAAUAAUAUUCUUCGGACGCCCGAGGAGUUUCGACAAGUUGGGAUGAAGCUAUUCGUGCGCACUUGUAUGCAACUUUCGGUUUAGAACAGCGAAGGCUGUAAUGCUUGUAUCUCACCUGUUCUUGUUUUCCUCACUUUAUCUCUCUGUUUGACCUCUCGCUGGAGCCAUGAUGGCUCUACGGCCCGCUGUGGGCCCCACUAAGCGCUUCAGGUGUGUAAAGGGCAGGAGCCCCUCAUAUUCUUCAGGUGACGUUCUUCCACGGGUUGUUUCCCCGUCUAAUUCGUUGAUUACUUCACAUGUGACGUUGAGCAUACGCCUCUUGUCAUACGGCGGGUUGAACAUGCGUAUUUCGGACUGGUUUGAUGUGAAUAAGAGUUUGUGCUCACUCACGCCUUGCCUGUUUGGAUACGUCCGCUCCUUGCUCCGACUAGGCUGGAAAGCCUGCACAGUCGACCGCAAAGUCCGCAAAAAGACCAGGUUGAACAUGAUUGUCUGCAUACAUUACCUCUCUGUGUAUUGUACGCUGUAUUGUAUUGGAUUGUGGAUUGUGAUUGCCUCGCGUGGUCUUUUGAUUGUUGAUUGUGAUUGCCUCGUGUGGUCAUUCUGUGCAUUGUUUGAGCUCUAAUAAUUCAGUGUGUGCAUGUUCAGUUCUUGGCCAGGUCUCCUGGCUCUCUUGUCGUAGUUUUAGUUUUGCCUCUUCAGUGUUCUCACUGUUGUAGGGUUGUACGAGCCUUCAGCGGCGGAGCGCAUCUGCGAUGUUCUCCUACAGGUUGUGCGAACGUCUUUGGUCAUGCAUGCUUCUGUUUCUCUAUAAGAGCGGACUGCUUGCUUGGCAAUUUUGAGGCUUCGCUUCGCCUGAGACUUCGUUGGACCUGGCCUCAGUGGCCAAGAUGGUCCCAGCAAAGACGCAAAAAAAGCCUGGUUGACGGUUUACCGCCGGCUCCCAGUUUGACCAUUCAUUUUAAGAAACCAGAUUUUUCUCACGUGUAGUGGGUUAUGCCGCGUCUGCCAGUUCAAUUCUCAGGUCCGUAGCUGCAAUAUUAUUAUCGAAUCACUUGAGGGAACCGACUGUGUUCCGAGUCAUCUUGACACGCGUUCACGGUUUUCUGUACUUAACUCGAGAUGUACUCUCUUCUUCACGCUUGUGAGAGCUUUUUCUGUGUGUUC